ACAUCAAAAACUACCCAUAAGAAUCGCAGGGUCACAGUUUUAAACAAAGUCUUCAUGAAGUACAUAACUGAUUUGAUGGCCUCUGGUGAGGUAGCUGCUCAACUAAUAGGGAGAGGAAUAGAAGUUUCUCACGUGAGCGUGACACCAGACUUCAAACUAGUCAAUGUGUUUUGGUUUGCACAAAAUGAAAUUGAUGCAAAUGAAUCUACCGAGAGAAUACUAAAAAGAGCUGCUGGACAGUUGCAACAUGAACUAUCUCAAUUGAGAGUGAUUGGAAUUGUACCUCCCAUAAAUUUUGUUAAAAAUAGACUGCAUAGUGCUGUAAAAGAAGUGGAAUCACGAUUGGCAACGGUUGAUUUUGGAGAAGAUUUUGUGCCAUCUGCUUAUAUUAAAAGUCAAAUAAGACCGCCAGUUCUGCAAAUGUCACUUUCUCCUGAAAUAAAAGCUAAGCUUUCUGCACUAGACAGUAAUAGUAAUAAUCAAGAAGAAGAAACAGUAGAAGAAGAAGAAGAAAUUUAUGAAAUAAAAAUACCAGAAAUGAAACAAGAUGUCAUGGGAUUUAAUCAUUCCGCUAUAAUGAAAAGAAUCAAGGCAUCAUUGAACAAAACGAAAUUAGCUGAACAAAGAGUCAUUGUUGAUAUACCUCAAGAGCCACAGGGCAAUAGUCAAGUAAGCCCAGCUGAUGUAGCUACUUUCUUGGAUAACAAAGAACAGCAGAUUCUGUUUAACGAUUUUCUGAAAAAGCGUAUGGUGGAAGAAAAGCGUCGCUUGCAAUCGAUAUCCUUGCUGGAGGCCAAGUUAGAGGAAGAAGAGGAAUGGGUAGAACAAAUGCGCGAGCCCUGUGACAUAGACGAUUAUGAUAUUAAUGAAGACGAUUAUAGAGACAAUCCCUGAUGCUUGGCAUUUGAAAUCUGGUGAGAUGUAAUUUUAUGUUUAGCAAUUUAUUUUAAAUAAAAUAGUGUACAUAAUAUAAGCUAUUAUUAUCUUUUUUUUACUAAACACCGAUUAUUUUUUAUUAAUUUCGCAAUCGGAGGGUACAGAUUUUCUGAUACAUUGUUUUUGUAUUAAUAUAUUGUUAAAAUGUGAGUGUGUCAGCGAAAGAGAGGGGGAGAGAAUGCGUCGUCUGCAGGACACGAUGGGGGUGAAGCGACGCUCAUCCCUGUGGAAGGCCAGAGUGAGAGAAUAUUGUGAUUGGGCCCUAUAUGCGCGAACUUUUGGGGUGAGGGUGGGGACAAGAAUGACAGCGGAAGUAGGCUGCUAAGGCGUCGGAGCCCUGUGUCGAACACGUGCCGCAUCCUGCAGCAAAGAUUCGGUCUAUUUGGAAAACUGACAGGAGUAAGGGCGCAGAGCUAAAAUGGACGCAAAAUUGCAGUCUACUUAGAGAUCUGGCAGAGUUAGGACGACUCUUCAGUUAGACGGAGCCAGUGAAAAGUGCGAGAUUAUAAAUUCAAUUCAGUUUUUCAAUCGGUAUAGGCACGGCGUGCGUAGUGCGAGAAAAUUACAACGAUCGAAAUAGAAAUCGGUCCGGCAUUAUAGUCGAUUCCGCGUGGGGACGAGAGCAGACCGCAGUGUGGUGAACUCCGUAUGGUUUAAAUAAGCGCAUACAGCGACUUUUGUAAUAGAGUAUCGCAUAUUUUGAAAAUGAGAAGCUCCGACACAGUGCAGCGUUUCGUAAUACACGUUGCGGUAAAUGUUCCUUACGCUAGUCUUUUAACUAUCAUAACGUGUUAUCUGAUCAAAAAACUUGUAAGAGAAGUUUUCGCACUAAUAGCCUUGGGAGUCAACAAACUUUUUCCGUAUGCCUUACAAGCUAAAAACGAGACGCUAGUCCGCUGGCUGAUCAAGGCCGGCGUCAAUGUAAGAGCUUGUUUUUACCACAAUACGGCGCUGCACUUAUUACUCGAAGAAGAAGAAGAAGAAGAAGAAGAAGAAGAAGAAAAGAGCUCUGGUAAAAAUCUUUCUUUCCGGCGUUUUUUUUCAUGGAGAGGUGCAGUUCCUACAAAAGAAAUAGAUUUACAGCGUCGAGUGAGAAUUGCGAAGCUUCUAAUCCAACAUGGCGCUGACGUCAGCGCUUCAUUUUACUUAGACCAAACGCCGUUUGGAUGGGCCACUCUGCAGAGCAACCGCAACAGGGCUCUGAUACAACUAUUCUUGGAUAACGGAGCCGACGUCAACAGGAAAAACUUGCACGGUAGGAACGUGGCCGAGGAAUACCUUGCCAAUGCCGCCAACACCGUGUACUUGCCGAACACUCGUGGUGGAAUCGAGCCUGCAUUCUUGAGACUUAUUCAACCGAGCGGCAAUUACACGAGUGCGUUGCACGAGGCUUGCAUCUUUCACAGAACCGUCGAAAUUCGCAACGAUACGAUCCUGCUUGCGGACGGGGAUAUCAACGCCAAAGAUACGUUUGGCCACACACCACUAUGCUACGCCGUUCUCUCAACCGGUACUGCUGAUGCUGCAGAGGACAAGAAAUCUACCAUAAACUUGCUGCUCCGCCUCGGUGCUGACAUAAAUCAGAAAAUAAUCUUGAAUUUUUUCAAUGAGAUGGAGACCAGCAUCUUGGAAUUAGCAGUGUUGCUCGGAGACCGCGACAUCGUCGAGACUCUUCUACAGCACGCGGCCAAGCUCGUAGAUCUGGAGAGCGGUGAGGAGAAGAAGGCGUUGAGCGACUUCAAUGUCGAAUUCAUUCACAGCUUGGACUUUGAUUUGAAGCAAAGCUAUCUGGAAUACGUCAAGGAAUUGAGAGAGAUCCGGAUGAGCAAGCCAUUAGCCGAAGAACAAUCCUCACCAUCUCGUUCGAUUUGGUUUAAAAAAGCCUUUGAAGGGCUCUCAAGUACCGUUAAAUUCUAGAAAGUGUCCUGAUUUGAUGGUCACUGACUUCAGCGUUUUUUUUUUUUUUUUUAAUACUUAAUAUUAAAAUCAGAACUUUUUAUCAAUGUUUUGUAAAUGCGACGCAAAAUAGUUAAAAAAUAGUAUAUGUAAUUUGACUGCUUCUUCAAUAAUUUUGUAAAACUAGUUGUUUUUGUAACGAUUAUUGAAUUAAAUUGAAACUUAUAUUUGUAACUUUUGGCUACAUUUGUAAAUGUAAAGUAUAAAUUUGUAAAAUGAGAUUUUUUACUUCUGGAAUAAUAAAAAUAAAUUAAAUAAAAUUUAUUCACAGAA